AUGCUUUACCUUGUUGGCCUCGGUCUUGCAGAUGAAAAGGACAUCACCGUCCGAGGACUGGAAGUCGUCAAGACCGCGUCCAGAGUCUACCUGGAAGCUUACACGAGCAUCCUGCUUAUUGAGAAGGAAAAGCUAGAAGCUUACUAUGGACGUCCUGUGAUUGUAGCAGACCGUGAGCUUGUUGAAAGCGGAAGCGACGAAAUCCUGGAUAACGCCAAAGAUGUCGAUGUAGCGUUCCUCGUUGUAGGAGAUCCGUUUGGAGCGACCACGCAUACAGACCUAGUGCUUCGGGCUCGCGAACUCGGAAUACCCACGAAAACGAUCCCUAAUGCAUCAAUAAUGUCCGCCAUCGGCUGUACAGGCUUACAGUUGUAUAAUUUCGGUCAGACUGUCAGCAUGGUAUUCUUCACAGAAACCUGGAAGCCUUCGUCAUACUACGACCGAGUAAAAGAGAAUGCGAAUCUCGGGUUGCAUACACUUGUGCUCCUAGACAUCAAGGUGAAGGAGCAAUCGCUGGAAAACAUGGCUCGAGGACGAAAGAUUUACGAGCCUCCGCGCUACAUGACUGUUGCACAGUGUGCAAGCCAGAUGCUAGAGACCGAGGAGGAAAGAAAGGAAGGGGUGUAUGGACCGGACAGUCUUGCCAUAGGCGCCGCUCGUGUUGGAGCCCCCGACCAGAAGCUCGUUGCGGGGACAUUGAAGGAACUGACAGAUGUUGAUAUGGGAAGGCCUCUUCACAGUCUUGUCUUGCUCGGUAAAAGAGCACACGAUCUGGAGAAAGAUUACAUUGAGCAAUUCGCAGUCAACAAGGAAACCUUCAAUGCUGCUUGGAAGCGUGGAUACGGUGGAAAUUAA